AUGUCAAUACCUUUUAAGCCUUUACCGGCCUCCCAGCAGAUUGUCGAAGAUACAGCAAAAGUAAUGGAUCGUACCUGGGAAGUUAUACAACAGAAAACUUUUACUAAAUGGUUUAACAGUAAAUUGGCUAUAAAAGAUAUCCCUCCCAUAGAAGAUUUGUAUCGAGAUGUUUCAGAUGGUGUACGUCUAAUAGAGCUUUUGGAAAUUAUUGGUGAUUUGUCUUUUGGCAGAUAUAAUAAAAAACCAAAGUUACGUAUUCAAAAAGUUGAAAAUGUAAAUAAAGCUUUAGAAUUUAUUAAACAUCGUGGUGUCCCACUAACAAAUAUUGGUGCUGAAGAUAUUGUUGAUACAAAUAUUAAACUUAUUCUUGGCAUGAUAUGGACAAUUAUUUUAAGAUUCACUAUUGCUGAUAUUAGUGAAGAAGGUCUGACUGCCAAAGAAGGAUUAUUACUUUGGUUUAACAGUAAAUUGGCUAUAAAAGAUAUCCCUCCCAUAGAAGAUUUGUAUCGAGAUGUUUCAGAUGGUGUACGUCUAAUAGAGCUUUUGGAAAUUAUUGGUGAUUUGUCUUUUGGCAGAUAUAAUAAAAAACCAAAGUUACGUAUUCAAAAAGUUGAAAAUGUAAAUAAAGCUUUAGAAUUUAUUAAACAUCGUGGUGUCCCACUAACAAAUAUUGGUGCUGAAGUUAUACAACAGAAAACUUUUACUAAAUGGUUUAACAGUAAAUUGGCUAUAAAAGAUAUCCCUCCCAUAGAAGAUUUGUAUCGAGAUGUUUCAGAUGGUGUACGUCUAAUAGAGCUUUUGGAAAUUAUUGGUGAUUUGUCUUUUGGCAGAUAUAAUAAAAAACCAAAGUUACGUAUUCAAAAAGUUGAAAAUGUAAAUAAAGCUUUAGAAUUUAUUAAACAUCGUGGUGUCCCACUAACAAAUAUUGGUGCUGAAGAUAUUGUUGAUACAAAUAUUAAACUUAUUCUUGGCAUGAUAUGGACAAUUAUUUUAAGAUUCACUAUUGCUGAUAUUAGUGAAGAAGGUCUGACUGCCAAAGAAGGAUUAUUACUUUGGUGUCAAAGAAAAACAGCUCCUUAUGCUGAAGUUGAUUUGGCAAAGUGGUUUAGCAUUACAGAUCGUCAUAGCAAUACUUCAUUGGCAUUUGAAGUCGCCGCAAAAUAUCUUGAUAUUCCUAAAUUAUUAGACGUUGAAGAUGUAUGCGAUAUUCAAAAACCUGAUGAAAGAUCCAUUAUGACAUAUGUGGCACUUUAUUUUCAUGCUUUUUCUCAUUUAGAUAAAAUAGAAACUGCCGGAAGAAGAGUGGCGAAAUUUGCAGAAGUUAUGCAGUCUGUAUGGGACAUGGAACAUGACUAUGAGAGGCGUGUUAAAAACUUGAUGAAAAGUGUCAAGGAUAAGAUAAAUACUUGGGCAAAUCCACAUUUUGAUGGGAGUUAUUCUGAUGCAAAAAGUCAAUCUACAACAUUUAAUCAAUACAAAUAUACUGAAAAAAGAUCUUGGGUGGCUGAAAAAAGUGAAUUGGACACAUUGCUUGGCAAUAUUCAAACAAAACUUAAUACAUACCAACUACAACCUUAUAAAGCACCUGAUGGAUUGACUUUAUCUGAUCUGGAUAAAGUAUGGCAAAGUUUGUUAUUAGCAGAAACCAAACGAUAUAAAUCUAUUCAUAAUAAAUUAAAAGAUAUUAAAGAAAACUUGAGAAAAUCAUUUGCUCAGUCAGCAAAUGACUUUCAGAAAAAUUUGGAAUCUAUUUCUUAUUCUUUGGUUGAAUUAGAUGGUGAAUUAGAGAUUCAACUUAGUACAGUUAAAGCAAUUUCAGCUAAAUUAGGUCCUUUGGAAAAAUCUCUUGGUCAAAUACAAGAAAUUGAUGCAAGAUGUCAAGAAGCUAAUAUUGAAGAAAAUGAUUACACAGUUUUUUCUGUAGAUGAUUUGAAAUUUGAAUUAGGUCUUGUACAACAGGCUGUCACAAAAAAAAUCUCUUUUAUUGAAAAUCAAAUUGUGUCUAGAAAUAUGACAAAUUUGACACCAGCACAACUAGAAGAAUUUGAAAGUACUUUUCGUCACUUUGAUAAAGAUUCAUCAAAUACACUUAAUCUUUAUGAAUUCAAAGCAGCAUUGGCUAGUUUAGGUAUUUUCUACAAUGAGGAAGAAUUAUUUUCAGCAUUUAAUCAAAUGUGUGAAGGAGAACCAGAAGCAACAUUUGAACAAUUUAUUCUAUAUAUGGUCAGUUUCACAGAAGACAAAACAACGCCGGAUCAACUUAGAAGUUCAUUUAAAGCUGUUGCAAGUGAUAAACCUUUUGUUACAGAACUUGAUUUGAAAAGAUCAUUAUUAUCAACGAAUGUUGUAUCAUAUCUUAAGGAAACAAUGCCACAAAGGGAUGAUGUUGCUGAUGCUGGCAUACCAAGCGAUUCUAGUAUAACGUAUCCAGAUUAUGAAUACACAAAAUUGCUUUCUUAUUCUUUAUAUUUUUAUGAAGCUCAGAGAAGUGAUUCUGCGUUGACUGAUGGUCAGGAUGUUAAACUUGAUCUCACUGGAGGAUAUUAUGACGCUGGGGACUAUUUGAAAUUCACUUUACCAUUAUCCUGGACAAUUACAUCUUUAUCAUGGGGCGCAUAUGAAUGGUUUGAUGGAUAUCAACUUGCAAACCAAACUCAAUACCUUCAAGAUAUGAUUAGAUGGGGAACAGAUUGGCUAAUAAAAUCUCAUCCUGACAAUAACACUUUAUACAUUCAAAUUGGAUUGGGUGAUGUAGACAAUAAUUACUGGGGACCUGAUACAAAUAUUCCUUUACCGCGUCCAUCAUUUAAUGUAAAUUCUUCUGCUCAUGGAACAGAUGUUGUUGCCGAAACUGCAGCUGCGAUGGCAUCUGCCUCUAUGUUAUUCCGAGAAAAACUAAACGAUACUACUUAUGCUGAUAUUUUAUUAUCACAUGCAAAGUCUUUAUAUGACUUUGCAGUAACAGCCCCAUUAGUCAAAUAUCAAGAUUCCGUUAGUGAGGCUAAGGACUUUUAUUCAUCUUCGGGAUUUGGUGAUGAAUUAGUUUGGGCUUCACUUUGGUUAUAUCGAGCAACAAAGACUCAAGAUUAUAUGAAUAAUGCUAUAAAUUAUUUUGAUACCUAUUCCUUAGGUGGUUUAAAUAAGGUUAUUAAUUGGGAUGAUAAAACUGGUGCCUGUUAUGUGUUAUUAGCUAAAUUAACCCAAGAAUCCAACCAAGAUAGCAGUAGAUGGACAAAAGAAUCAGAAAGAUAUUUAGAUGGUGUUGCAAGUGCAUCAAAUGGAUGUAAAUUUACAAAAGGUGGAUUAUACUUUUGUGAUGGUGACAGCGAUGCAGCAUCUUUAAAUCCUGCUCUCAACGCAGCUUUUGUGUCUUUAUUGUAUUCACCUUUAGCCACUUCCACUUCUAAAUCUAAUAAAUAUAAUGAUUUUGCCAAUUCGCAAAUUAAUUAUUUGUUGGGUAAAAAUCCCUCAAAAAUACCUUAUGUCAUUGGUGUCCACCCCAAUUCACCUCAAAAUCCUCAUCAUGCUGGUGCGCAUGGCGGCAGUAACAUAGGAAAUUUGAAUGAUCCUCCUGUGACUCAACAUAUUUUAUACGGUUGUAUUGCUGCAUUGGAUUAUAAUGCACCAUUUCAAAGUUUAAUGGCUUAUCAAGUAAUUAAUUCAAAAGAAGAUCCAUAUUAUGUUACUUUACCACCUGGCAGAGGAGUGGUUAAAGAAACAUCAAUGACACGUGCCAAAGUAUAA